AUGAAUCAAACAUCACCUCAAAAAUCCACUUAAAUAGAUGAUAUGACUUCAGUUUACUCCUCUUAUGAUGCUCGCAGUCACUAAUCUCAAAGAAGGACAUUAGUCAGCACAAAAAACAUUCGUAGAACUACAGUUGGAAUAACUAGGUCAAAGCACAAAUAAGCUGAUCUCGAUAAUCUUUAUGGAAAAUCAAUUGAGAGAUUGGAAAUGGAGAAAAAUGCCCUUUAAAAGCUAAAGGAUAUGGAAAGCUCUUGGUCUUAAUUCAACAAUGACGAGAACAUUCAGAAGAUGUUUAAAAUGUCAGAAGGUUUUGAUAAAAUAAAGAAAUUGAAAGUUGAAAAGGACAACAAUCAAAGAAAUAAACUAAUUAUUAAUCCCAAACUCAAUUUUACAGUUACCGAAGAGUCAGAGGAGAGAAUGAACAAUCACUCAACAAAGAAGAUCAUUGAAAUGAAGGUUUUGGACACAAAACCAAGUAAGGACAUAAAGAAACUUGAGAUUAUACUGGAUGAGCAAUAAUCCUAUUAGGUGCCAGAUCCCAUAAGAUAAAAAAGGAGUUAGCUAAAUGAUGUAAUCAAAAUCAGGGAAGUACUUAGAACUGUGGAUUCAAAAUCUAAGGAGAUGAUGAAUCAAUCAUUUUACCUUUUGAAAUCUUAAAAGAAUGGAGCACCUUCUAUUGAAAGUCAAAUCAAUACAAAAGACCAAAGUAUGAAUUCAUCUACUCAUUGGAAUCCUUCAACUAUGACGAAUUAAAGAAGAUACUCUAAUAUCAGACCAAUUAAAGGUCAAAAGGUGAAAGUUUCAAUGAAAUCCGGGUCAGAAAUCACAAGUCUUAAAAUCAAAUAUAUUAAAUAAAAGGAUCAGCUUUAUAAUCAAUACUUGGUGCAGCAGUAAAUCAAUUAAAAGGAGCAAUCGUUAGCCAGACUUAUGAAUUAGAUUGAGGUCCUUCAUAACAAAGAUUUAGGAAUGAUUGCUAAAGGACCAUUUAGUGAUUGCAUGAGCUCUGUCAUCCAGAUUUAAGACUAGAAGAGUUCAGCGUUUGCAAAGUACACAGAUAAAUAGGAUUAUGGUGACUAAUAUAACAGAGGAUAAACUGGAGUUGCAACUAAUGAAAAUGCUUUGCCUCCAUUGAAAAGAAAUCACUCACCAAAUCUUAUAAAUAUGGAUUUUCCCUUGAGCCUUAAUUCAUAGAAAAAUGAAAAGCCAAAGCUUGUACUAUUCAGCAGAUAUGCCUAAUAGGAUCAUGUUGGAAACAAAGUUUCUAAAACUCCUAAGCAAUUAAAUAGCAGAAAAAUAGAGAGUAAUUUGCAUAGCAAUUAGAGAGAAACCAGCUAGUUAAGAAAUUAAAUAGCAAAGAAAUAGUAUCAUUCAAAAUAGCCUAGCAUGAGAAAGGAUGCUAAUCUUUCAACUAUUUAGAAUGAAGGCUCUUCACCAUUACAAAAAUAGUUGAAGUUCAGAGUAGGUAGAAACGACUAGGAAUUGAAAAGUUACAUUGAAUAAGAAAAGUCAAUGCUGAUGAGUGGAUAAUAAUCAGUGAGUCCAGACCGAAUGGAUGAGCAGCUUAAAUUACUUAAAAAUGACAUAAAAUUCAAUGACUGCAACAAGCUAGAUAACUUCAUUAACAAAUACAAUCAAUUUAAGUUCAUGGAUGCUGUAAAUGGAUUCCAAAGAAGAAAAGAGUUGGUAUUCAGAACUGAAAGAGAGAAAAUUGGCAGAGUUCGGCUUUUAAGUGAUUCCGACUUAAAACUCCUUCUAAAGAGAAAAGAGUAGUGA